AGAGGGUCACGGGAAUGGGGUGUGGGCAUUGGGAAACACAGAGCUGCAUGCCUCUGGGAUGCAUGGGUGAACUGAGUGGAGAGGCAUACUGCCCAGGGGCAAAGCUAGCUCAAGGCCCUGCAGCAGCCCUCAUUUCCCUAGGAGGUGGACUUCCUCCUGCGGGGGAAUCCCUAGCUGGGAGGAGCCACUGGCCCUUCCUCUUGACACCUGGACUUUCAGCAGGUGCUGGCUGUGAGACAGGGUGGGAGCCAGCCUGGAGGGGGGUUCAGAGUCAGUAUAUUGGAUUUUGGAGCCUAGGAAGAUGAGACCUUAGGGCCUGUGGGUCCUGGGGUGGCGUCCUGUAGUGGCUGGAGGAGCUUGGGGCUGCUUUUCUCUCUCUUUGGCCAAAGCCUUAUGUAAGAGCUUUUCUUAAGAAACAGGAAGUCCUGCUUGCCAAGUUCAGCACAGGGAAUAGUGAGGGCCUCAUUCCAACACGCCCAGCCGGGCCUUCACCCCAGCGCCCUUCCAGCUUCUGGGCCCUGGCACUCCUCCUUAACCGACCCUAUGCCCCUUUUCCCCCACAUUCAAGUCACAAUAAGAAAACUUCUUCAGCGUUCUCACCCAUGUCCAAGCCCCAAGGUCUUCUACCUUCACACACACACACACACACCAACCCUCAACACUGCUCAGCUUUGCCUCCAUCCCUGCUCCUGGCACCAUGCCCCAUAGCCAGCCAGCCAACCUUCCCUCCCUCAACUCUGGGGCCGCCCCUGGGUCCCUGAGCUCUGGCCGCUCUUCCUGGGUGUCAGUGGCUGCCCAGACCUUCUAAGAAAGAAUGGCACCAAAUUCUCCUGAGACUAAGGGCUCCCAAUGACUAGUCUCACAGUGGAGUGCCAGGAGCACAGUCCUCCUAGCUUGCUUUUUUCUUCCAUUUUUGUUUUCUCAGGUUUCUUUUUAUUUCUCCCUUUCGUAAUACCACCUUCCCUUCUGCACUCUUGCCUCCACCCCUGCUCCUAUCACCUCCUUACCACCCCAUUCCUGAGGCCACAGCUGUUGUCAGGAUCUCUGGCUUAUGAUAGCUCCAAAAGUGCCCCCAGGCCACAUGGGUGGUCCAGCCCGAGAGCCUGCACUCUCAGUUGCUCUCUGGUUGAGUUGGGGGGCAGCACUUGGGGCAGUGGCUUGUGCCAUUGCUUUGCUGACCCAACAAACAGAGCUGCAAAACCUAAGGAGGGAGGUGAGCCGGCUACAGAGAAGCAGAGGGCCCUCCCAGAGGGGGGAAGAAUAUUUCCAGUAUAGCCUUCGGGAACAGCAGAGCCCUGUUGCCCUGGAAGCCUGGGAGGAUGGACGGAGAUCUCGGAGAAGGAGAGCAGUAUUCAGCCAAAACCGGAAAAAGAAGCAUUCAGUUCUGCACCUUGUUCCCAUUAACAUCACCUCCAAGGAGGACUCUGAUGUGACAGAGGUGAUCUGGCAACCAGCUCUUUGGCGUGGGAGAGGCCUGGAAGCCCAAGGACAUGUUGUCCGAGUUUGGGAUGCUGGAAUUUAUCUGCUGUAUAGCCAGGUCCUGUUUCACGAUGUGACCUUCACCAUGGGUCAGGUCGUAUCUCUGGAAGGCCACGGAAGGCAGGAGAUUCUUUUUCGAUGCAUACACAGUAUGCCCUCUGACCCUGACCGGGCCUAUAAUAGCUGCUACAGCUCUGGUGUCUUCCAUUUACACCAAGGGGAUAUUGUCAAUGUCAGAAUUCCUCGGGCAAAGGCCAAACUUAGCCUCUCUCCACACGGAACCUUUCUAGGGUUUGUGAAACUGUGAUUGUUAAUAAACGUUGGUUCUGAAUUGA